UUGGCAGCCGUUUUGGCUCCCAGGUCGUCCGACCGCUCGUGCAUGCUGCAGACGCCCCCGCGAUGCUCGGCGAGGGCGCCCCGCCGCGCCUCCCUGGCGCGCACGCCCGUAGGGGGCUGCCGCCGCGGAUCCCGGCGGCGCCAGCGCUGGCUCAUUCCGCCGCCCGCGUCGAGGACAACCUCAGCCAGCAGUCGACCGUGGACUCCGAGCACUCCGCGGCGUCCAGCUCUGGAUCCCCGAGCUCCGCGCGGCGCGCCGCUGCGGGCGCUGUGGCGCCUGGCCACGCACCCGGCGCGUGCUGCCGAGGGGAGGCUCCUGGUUGCGGCGUCGCUAGCGGCGGCGCCCUGGGCGAGACCCACGACCGCCCCCUGGAGGACGGCGAGCGGCCGGGCGCGGGCGACCCCCGCGGCUUGUGCCCCCGCCUCUCGGAGCGCGUGCUCGCACUCCACGACCUGGCCCCCACGGCGCAGGCGCUGCGCGGGCCAGACCCCCUGCGGGCCCCUCCAGGCGCGGCGCGCGCGGCAGCCUCGGUGAGCCUCACGUGCGCCUCGCGGCGCCCUCGGGGGAUGUCCUUGCUUCUCUAGGCCUCGUCCUCCUCCGCCCUCGUGGGCCCUCAUGGGGGCUGUUUGGGCCCUCUUGGGGCCAUCUUGGGCCAUCGUGGGGCUGUCCUGGCCCGUACCGAAAACAUGCUGAGCCGGUGGGGACUACGGCGACGACAAUGACGACGACGAAGUGGUGGGGUGGCCGCACUUUUUUAGCCACACCCCCUGCCCUGCCGACACCAGAGCCCGCGGCUUUGUGCGAGGCGCGCGCUCCAACAGGGGCGCGCAUGGGAGUGACUUUGUCGCCGCGAGGUCCGCGAAGGAGGAGCCUCAUGACUGCGAGCCCUGCUGCGAUCGCCGAGGACUCCUCCUCAUCCUCCUCCCCCUCCUCCUCCAGCUCCGCCUCCUCCUCCUCCUUCUCCUCCUCCUCGUCCUCCCUCUUUCUCCCUCCUCCUCCCCCUCCGAAGCGUAAGACUUGAGUGCGCCACAGCUGGCGUUUGCCGACGCUUUUUCUGGCGGGCUCGGCGCCCGUUUUGACGGUCCAGUUGUUGUUGGACGUUUGCAAUGGGAGGUCGCAUUUCAAUUUCAGACUGGUCUCCCCUAUGGCGCGCAGAGCGCGCGAGGGGCGGCGCUUGAAGAGCCGCCAGUGGCCCCCCCCGUGCUGGUUCGAGGAAUCCGCCCAUCCCGUAGAGUUUUGCCUACAACGUCCUGACCGCAAACGUAAACUAUCGGAGGUCCGCGCGGAUUUCUUGGAUCUGAACUGGAUCCCACCCCCGGCGCGGUGUUGGAGACAUCGCGCGGUGUUGGGGCCGCCGCCAAGGGGGUUCUGCCCCGACCUCGCUCCCCUUCCAGCGCCCACCUGCGAGAACCCUCGUUGCCUCUCUCUCUCUCUCUCCUCCCCCCGAGGGUCCCUCUACCCUCUCCGUGCCCGAGAUCCGGCCUGCCCGGCGUACGAGGCGAAAAAGGACCGAGUCUCGGCGCACACUUUGCGCUGCGGCUGAAUGCCCCCCGCGCGAGCUGGACCCGUCGUGUGGAUUACGACGGCGAGGGAACUGAACUACACCGGAGAAAUCCCC